UUCUGGUCUGGUACGGUGCCGAAGGUCUGGAUGGAAAUAGCAAAGAAAAUUAUGCUCGAUUAGAAGGAUGACAUCAUAAAUCAAUGAAUCAGAACAUUAUCUAGGGAACUUUUGCUCGAUGUUGAAUAUAGGCUCUAACUCGAAGCAGUUUAUUUGAGUCCUGCAUUGCAUGAAUCGCCUGUAGUUACAUGGAUCUGCAGGAACGCUUUUUGCGUUAUCUGUACGCCACUCGUUUAGUAUGCACUCACUGCGAGUCCAUGUACUUUGUGCGCUAUGCGUGCUACAAUCUAUAAUCGUGAAUGAUAAAACACCUCCACUGAUCGUUUGAAGAUACUUAUAGCAGCCGUUUUUUCUAAUAUUGUCCUUGAGGUUGAUCCAUAUGGAAUGAUGCUGGAUCUGAUGUGCAGCCGCGGAAUGUGGAAAAUGAUCCUCAGAACUUUCAGCUCGCUGUGGAACGAGAGACGUUUCAUGAUGUUGCCUCAUCUGGUGUAUCGUGGCAUCGUACACACGAUUUUGGCGUUUGCCGCUACUGCGAGGAAGGACCUCUUCUUGCGCUCCGAAAGCAUCAACGCAUUUCCCAGUGCGCACACCGCCUUCCGGUUUUUGGCAACCAAGUACGAUUGGUCAGGAUGGUUAAAGCGCUUCUUGGACCCUGCGCAAGUGAAAAUAUCGCUCAUACUGGCACCACUGGUCGCAGUCAUCAACUACUUUCUCAGCGGACGCGGACUUGCGGAUAUGGAGAGGCAAGGCAUUCCGGAUGGACGAGGCAGUGCCGCCGAC